AUGACGGGGGACGCUAUGCGGCCAAGUAGCGCCGGCAACCUUAGUUCUAAACUUUCUGAUGAACUCGACCUUCUGGCCGGUCUUUGGGAGGAAGCCCGUUUCGCGAGGCUGCCGUGGGAUGCGCCGAGCGAAUUGAAGGAACUGGUCGAGGACAUUGACAACCCAAAACGCGUCUAUGCCAUUCAUAGAGCUAGCCGUCGGCACAACUUUCAGUUGCUCGUGCAGAAGUACAUCGUACAGCUCCGCGAAGGCUGUGGUGCCGAACACUGCACAACGUCGACCUGCUUCACUUGCCGAACGCGGAUUGCUGGCCGUGCGCCAGUUCGUAGAUAUAAUACGACAAGCGCAAGGAUCUUGGCCACGUAUCUCGCGAGCCAGGACAAUCCUGAAAAUGGCCUUUGCCCCAACCUGAGGCCCUCCCAGCUGUCGCCAGUCAGCAUCAAUUCACUGGCACUCCUGGCGAGCCCUAAGCCUCGACUGCGAGACGAUCAUGCUCCACCUACUUCUCCGAAGGCGCAAGCUAUCCACAGUCGUCCUGGUUCGCCAAAGUCUGGCCAUGGCGGUGUGCAACCGACAGCGACUCGGAGCAGCAAUGGGACAGCAAACGGAGGCAGGAAAGAAUAUUCGAAGCCCGCAAGUCCUCGAAAUAGACCAGAUGCUGUCAUGCAAUCCCGGCGACCCGGUUUCAUAGUCACGGAGAAGCCUGUCAGUAAAGACCACCGGUCCUUCGCCGCGAAUGUGUUUGAUACCGUGGCUUUCAAAAUGCUGGAGUGGCUCACCCCGGCGGCUAUAAGAGAUUUAUCGGAGUUGGCGCAGGGCUUUCGUAACGAGUCAGAGCCUGAAGAUGGCGAGUCCAGGCCAGGAACUGCCACCAAAUCCGGCCAGCCUAAGUCGCCGCAUGAGGUACGCGCCGUGCCUGCGGAGUCUAACGCAGAACUGGCGAACGGCAGAAAUCAGCAUGAGCAUAGUCAAACCGAGAGGGAAACCCGACCACCAAAGGAUAUUCAGCAGCCGCACGAGUCCUUCCCAGCAUCUCGUGCAAUGAACCCGCGCCGUAAUUCGAAUGCCAAGGUGCGCCCCCCGUCUGGACCGAAGCCGAAACGGCCGCUCUCGAUCGACCCAUAUGCAAAAGAGGCUUCGGUCGAAGAACCUUAUGCAGCACUGUUAAGGUCUCCUCGCGCAAUUCCCGGUCCUGCGGACAAGGGUUCGCGAGGUCCCAAAACGGCUGGCUCGACACUCUCACGCCCUAUCUCCCAACUUUCCUCAGCGGGCUUCUUUGACGACGUCUCUCUGGAGAAAAUGCCCCCGCCGAAGUCCAUCGAUCUCAAGUCCAGGAAUGCCCGAAGCCAGCUGGACGGCUCGAGACCAAGCGAGCCCGGUAGCCCACGGCAGCUCGCUACUGGCUCGGGCGCUUCCUCUAGCAGGUCCUGCAGCAAUGGUUCGAACGCGGCCGCGAACCAAGAAGCGGAAUCCGAGGACGAGAGCCACCUCCCCCAGGCACUAUGCAGGUUGGACGCGAGGGUCAUCGACUUCAUUUGCGAUGUCAUUCAAGAAGAUGGCACUGCCGAGAAGCAUCUGCUCGAACCCCAGUCCGUUACGAAGUCCCACAAUCGACAGGCAGGCCAAGGAAAGCUAGCCAGACGGAAGCGUCGGUCAGCCAGUGGCUGUCUCCCCAACUUGAAACUAGAGUGGAAGUUGUUCGUUGAGCAAAGCUUAUUCUAUGUCCUCAGUGAUCCCCAGUUGGCUCUCCGAUCUUUUACCAAACAGGGACAGCUGUACGACUCCCAGACCCUCUGGUAUUGCAUGCUCAGGUUGACUCGGACUGCGCCUAGCCUGGUGUUCCAUAGUCUAUGGAUGGCAGCGGCGAGUCUGUUCGCUCCUCCCAAGUCAUUACAGACGCUGAGGUCGCCGACGAUAAAGGUCUUCCCCACAGCUGAGUCCGGUCUAUCCAACCCGGAGGCAGGACGUCUCAUGUCCAUAUGCUUGCACGCCUUGGUUGCCGCGGCACCCUUGGUUACCGAUUCCCGGCAACUCUACGAUAUGUCGAGGAUCAGAUCGCACGGCCUGAGUCUUGCCGGAAGCGGUGCGGUAGCCCGGCAACCACCAGAACUCUGCCUACAAUAUGAAGAUGCGUUCACCGAUGAUAUGGCCCUGCGCUUGGCGAGGCGUUUGUUCGCAGCGAUAACCACACGCCGUUGCUUUGACGAACUCAGCCGGUUUAGCAAUGGAGGAGACGAAGAAAACGAGCAGGACAUACUGGCGCCGUUGUUCUCACAACUGGACUUUUUGAAUAUGGAUGCCGUCUACGUUCUGGACUUCUCAUUCCCUGACCGCGCUCUGCAUGAAACCCGCGUUCCGAUUCUCUUGCUCGAUUGGGCAAGAGCCGUCAUGCUUCAUGACUGGGAUGGCUCACCCGAGGUUUCGGGAGAUAGCCCUUUUGGCGGCGCCCUUGCCCUGAUCGAGGCCAUGUAUAAGAGACGCCAAGAGCUCCUCCUAGCCGAUGCCCAGUUCCGGUCCGACUAUUUCGCAGAGCGGUUGGACACAGUCAAGAUGCCCAUCUCGUGGCUAUCCCAUAAGCCGACGCGGCACCGGCUGCACCUUCUAGACUUCCCUUACAUUUUUAGCCCGUCGAUGCUGGUGUCGUACUUUCGAUCGAUCAACUUCUCCAGGAUGAGCCGUUGCUACGAAGAGUCUAGUUCACUCCACGAGAAAACCAAGGGCAUUUAUGACCGGGGAGGUCUGACGGCCUGCCACAGGGAUGUGCUGAUGGAGCGGAUGAGGGUGGCAGGGUCUAAGUAUCUGAUACUUGAUAUUCGGAGGGGAAGCGUGCUCGAGGACGCGUUCGACCAGUUGUGGCGAAGGGAAGAACGUGAACUGCUGAGACCCCUGAAGGUCCAUUUGGGAGAGUCUAGCGGCGAGGAAGGCUUUGACUCUGGUGGUGUCCAGCAGGAAUUCUUUAGGAUGGCCAUCUCUGAAGCACUCAAUCCGGACUAUGGUGCCUUCACGGUCGACGAGCGGACCCGCAUGGCGUGGUUCUUGCCGGGCUCCAUGGAAGACGAAUGGAAAUUCGAGCUGAUCGGCCUUCUCGUCUCCCUCGCGGUAUACAACGGGCUCACGCUCCCAGUCACGUUUCCCAAGGCGCUCUAUCGGAAACUCCUGGGUCAGCCUGUUACCGAGCUGCAUCACAUCUCGGAUGGCUGGCCUGAUCUGGCAAGCGGUCUCACCUCGCUUCUCGAGUGGGACGAAAAGGAUGGGCUCGUCGAAGACGUCUUCGCCCGCACCUACGAAUUCUCUGUCAAUGCCUUCGGUCAACAUGUCACGAGAGAAAUGAAGCCAGCCUCGCCGUACACUGGUUCCAACCACCACAGCCCGGGCAGCCUCAGAGAGUGGCCACAGUUCGCCAAAACCGUCGCUCAAUCUUCUUCCUCCCCUGCCCCGCACCAGGGCAACCCGAGCGAAGACGAUGCCCCUCUGGUCACCAGCGCAAACCGCAACGCUUACGUCUCGGACUACAUCCGCUACCUAACCGACGUCUCCGUCCGGCCGCAGUACGAGGCUUUUGCCCGCGGUUUCCACACCUGCCUGCAUCCGAAAUCCCUCAGCUUGCUGACCCCGAAUCUCCUCCAGUCCAUCGUCGAAGGCGUUCAGGAGAUCGACAUCUCUGAGCUUAAGCGUUACACACGCUACGUAGGCUGGGACGCCUCACAUCGCACAAUCAAGGACUUCUGGAGCAUCGUGAAGAGAUACGACGACGGCAUGAAGAGGAAGCUGCUCGAGUUUGUCACGGCUAGUGACCGCGUGCCUGUCGGGGGCGUCAAGAACAUGAUGUUCAUCAUUCAGAGGAAUGGCGAAGAGGAUAGUCCUGCAGGGCGACUGCCGACCUCAUACACGUGCUAUGGCACGUUGCUCUUGCCGGAGUAUAAGGACAAGGAGAUGCUGAGGGGACGGCUGGCUAUGGCGUUGGAGAACGCUCAGGGCUUCGGGUUUGCUUAA